UAUGCUGCGCAAGGACGAGGAUCACCUAUGACUUUUAAAAAUUUGCAGUGUUUCUGUUGCAAGGAUUAUGGGCAUAUUGCUGCAAAUUGUCCUAAAAAAUAUUGUUCUUAUUGCAAGAAAAAGGGUCAUAUUAUCAAAGAAUGUCGUAUCCGCCCCCAGAAUCGUCAGGCCCAAGCAUUUCAGACUUCUGUUACUAUUUCUCCCGCGGCGACUUUUGUAGCACAUGACUUUUCCUCAGGUGCUUCUUCUAAUCUUGCACCACCUGCGGCAACUUACUGCACUCUUGAAAUGGUGCAACAGAUGCUAAUUUCAGCAUUAUCUGCGAUGGGGUUUCAAGGACCAGGUAACGGGGGAGCCGAUCGCGAAGGGACCUAAAGUGGGGCGCUUGUUUCCACUAUUUUUUACCUGUUCCAGCACUUUCUCCAGUUUCUUCUAUUAAGUCUUUUGCUUGUAAUAAUGUUCUUGAUCUAAGUAUGGUGUGGCAUCGUCGUUUAGGCCAUCCCAAUACUCAGAUCUUAUCUCAUGUAUUGCACUUUGGCUUUCUUGGUAAUAAAGAACUUACUUCUUUAUCUCUUGAG